GAGCUGUUAUGCGUUGUUCAGCAUCGGCAUUUGUUCAUUUUAACGAUCGAGAAAAGGUCAUAUCAACGACUAAAUUGAUGUGUAAAACGACUCAUUUUGAUCCUCGAUGCAUUGCUUCCUGUCUUGCUGUUUGUUUGACUAUUACUUGCCUUUUAAGAGAAGAAUUCGAUCAAAAUGAUAUUGAAUCAUUAAUAAAUCGUGUUAAAAAAGAAACUAUCGAAAUACUUGGUGAUAAGUUUUCUGACGAACAUCGUGAAUUAUUCUUAUGGCAUAUAGAUAAAGAACGUACACUAGAAGAACUUAACCUUGACGAACCAAGAAGUAUUGGUUAUACAUAUAAAUGUUUAGCAUCGGGGUUUUAUGGAUUAAGAUCUACACGUUCAUUUGAACAGACAUUAAAUGAUCUUAUUCGGUAUGGAGGUGAUGCUGAUACUAAUGGAGCAGUAUGUGGAACUAUGUAUGGCGCAAGACAUGGUUAUAAAGCUCUUCCUUAUUCAUGGCUGAGAGCAAUGCCAUUCAAAAAAUCGUUUGAUAAAAAAAUCCUUAAAUGUCUUCAUCAAUUGGAUUUGAUUGAUGGAUGUUAA